CUUCUUGACCCUUUUCUCCAUCGAAGCCAUGUUUGCUUCUGCUGCUGCUGCUACCAUCACCAUGGACGCUCCUUUCUUCCAUGAGCUACGAAAGCAGGCUUCCUACUUCCUCAAGCAAAAGAUCCAGACGGCGCGAUUGGCUCUCACCGACGUCACUCCUGCUCAACUACUGACUGAGGAAGCUACCAACGCGAGCUCGUCGGCGCCGGACGCCAAGACCAUGCGCUGCAUAUCGCGGGCGGCCUUCGAGAUCGACGACUACUGGAGAAUCGUGGAGAUUUUGCACAAAAGGUUCGACAAGCUCGACAGGCGGCAGUGGAGAGAGCCUUACAAGGCUCUGAUACUUCUCGAGUAUCUCCUCACCCACGGACCUGGGAGCAUCGCGGAUGAGUUCCAGAGCGAUACAGAAGCUAUACGAGAUCUCGGUAACAUCGAGUACAUCGAUGAACGGGGGUUCGAUUGGGGCGUGGCUGCGAGAGAGAAAACAGUGAGGGUCCUGAAGCUGCUGGAGAAAGGGCCACAUCUCAAGGAAGAGCGCGAGCGGGCGAGAAAGAUCUCUCGUGGGAUUCAAGGAUUCGGUAGCUUCAACCUGAGUUGGUCAUCAACCGCUGUUCAUCGACCUGAGUUGGUAGAUUCAAGGGCUCAUGAUGCAAUCGUCAACAGCGAAAAGGAGAACUCGAAGCGCGAUGCCGGGAUCGAUCGACAGAUAAGGAGAGCGGCAGGAACAGCGAGAAGAAGACCCCUACAAGAGAACUCAGGCUACAAGAAUUUGGCAACCGAGGGAACUGCAAGUCCGGCUACAACAAAGAUGCAUCUUCCAGAGGAAUCAAAGCCACUGCUACAUUACUGACGAAGGGAGAUUUAAUUCCUCAAAGAUCUCUCUUUUGAUGAUUUCCAGAAUCACAACUUGGAUCACCUGCUCAAGAGUUGACAGAAGCUUCUACUGCGGGGUUUUUGAUGUCAUGUUUCCUGAUCAAUCCAGUCUCAACAUCCUUUGUUCAAAAGAGUCACAUACUCUCAAUGUGCUUGAGAAAGGCAUGAUGUUGACUUCUUGUCUGCAACUUUUCCUUCAUAUUUGCAUGUUUACUUCUAGUCUUUGCAUUAGGUGGAGUCCUCUUUUGACAGCUCUAAUUUAUGAGCAUAUGUUGCAUUGAUGAUUGAAUAUAUGAAUUGCGAGAUUCUUUUC